AUGGAAGUUCUUUCUCUCUCCGUCACAUUCCCCAAAUCUCAAACCUUUCUCUCUCUCAAACAACCAAUAACCACAACACUACCCAACAAAAACAAUCACUCUUCUUCUUCCAUUUCAUGUAAUUCCUCUUUUACCAGAAUCUCAGCAACAAAUUCCCAACCAUCAAUUUCACAAACCGAUAUGUUGCUCCCUACGGGAAAUUCAAAUCAUUGGAUUGUUAGAAUGGAUAAGCCUGCUGUUGGUGUUGUUACCAAAGCUCAGAUUGUUGAUCAUUAUGCUCAAAUUUUGAGUAAGGUUAUUGGAAAUGAAAAAGAUGCACAAAAGUGUUUGUAUCAUGUUUCUUGGAAAACCAACUUUGGCUUUUGUUGUGAAAUUGAUGAGGACCGUGCACAUGAGUUGGCUGGUGUGCCUGGUGUGUUGUCAGUUCAGCCAGACCAUAAUUUUGAGUCUGAAAAUAAGAAUUAUGAAGAUUCAAACCAUUGGAUUGUUAGAAUGGAUAAGCCUUCUGUUGGUGUUGUUACCAAAGCUCAGAUUGUUGAUCAUUAUGCUCAAAUUUUGACUAAGGUUAUUGGAAAUGAAAAAGAUGCACAAAGGUGUUUGUAUCACGUUUCUUGGAAAACCAACUUUGGCUUUUGUUGUGAAAUUGACGAGGACUGUGCACAUGAGUUAGCUGGUGUGCCUGGUGUGUUGUCUGUUCAGCCGGACCAUAAUUUUGAGUCUGAAAAUAAGAAUUAUGAAGGUAGAAACUUGGAAAAUAGACUGAAUGUGCCUAGUUCUUUGGGAGAAACUCAGGAAACUUCAGUGGAAACAAAGAAACUUUUUGUGACAGGGCUAUCAUUUUAUACAUCUGAGAAAACCUUACGUACUGCAUUUGAAGGCUUUGGCGAGCUUGUUGAAGUUAAAGUUAUCAUAGAUAAAAUUUCAAAAAGGUCCAAGGGUUAUGCAUUUAUCGAAUAUGCCACAGAAGAGGCUGCGGGUGCAGCACUCAAAGAGAUGAAUGGCAAGAUUAUUAAUGGCUGGAUGAUAGUGGUAGAUGUUGCCAAGACUACCCCGCCAAGAUACAACAAGGGUCGCGCCAGACCAUCUGCUUGA